UCAAAUGUCAAUUGUCAAACGAAAUAUCAAAAAGAUGUCAGACUUCUGUUGUUUGUAUUUUAAUUUAUUUUUAUUAUCAGUGUAUUAAUUUACAACUCCAUCAACCGAGGUUUUUUUCAUUUUAAAGCUUAGUUAUUUUAAAUAUAACCGAAAGGGUAGGAAAGUUUUACUUAGUUGCUUAAGCUACACAAUUAGAAUGCAGUCAACUGAAAAACGCAGUAAAUCAUUGGACCUUGCUUCCAUGGAACCGACAACUAGAGUGAAGCAGCUGGCUAAUUACGGGGCUAUGGUCGAAGUUGAUCCAAAUGUUCCGCCAAGGAGGUAUUAUAGAUCAGGCUUAGAGAUGGUGAGAAUGGCUAAUGUGUAUUUAGCAGAAGGUAGCCUUGAAAAUGCCUACAUAUUGUAUAUGAAAUUUAUGACAUUAUUUUUGGAGAAAAUAAGGAAACAUCCAGAAUAUAAUACUGUACCUAUUGAAGUGAAAUCUGUGAACCAAUCUAUGUUAAAAGAGGUGAUGCCAAAGGCUGAAAAACUGAAACAGAAGCUGUUAGAACAAUUCAAAAAAGAACAUGUGUAUUAUAUAGAGAAUGAGGAAAAAAGAAGAAUAGCAGAAGAAGCUAGAAAAAAGCAGGAACAGGAUGAUGCAAAGUUGGCACAGCGCCUUCAGGCUGAUGAGAAUAGACAAGAUGGACAUCCAACUUCACCUCACUUACUUAAUGCAGAAGAAUGGGCAGUUACUCCAUCUGCACCUCCAGUGGAUGGGGUUCUAUAUCCUGAUGAUUUUGCAUCAGAGCCUCCUCGAGCAACACUCAUACCACCCCCCAGGCCACAGCAGUCGGGCGCGGCGCUGCUGGGCUCGCGCCGCCUGCGCGCCGUGCGCGUGCCGGCCGCGCUGCUGGCGCGCUUCCUGGCGCUGGCGGCCGACAACACGGCGCGCAACGUGGAGCUCUGCGGCAUCCUCGCCGGGAUACUGGAACGUGAUCAGCUAAAAAUAACUCACGUGGUCGUCCCGAAGCAGACGGGCACAGCGGACUCGUGCAGCACUAACAACGAGGAAGAGAUCUUCCAUUACCAGGACCAGCACAACCUCAUCACACUCGGCUGGAUCCAUACGCACCCCACGCAGACUGCGUUCCUGUCGUCAGUAGACCUUCACACGCAGUGCUCGUAUCAGCUGAUGAUGCCUGAAGCCAUAGCCAUUGUCUGCGCGCCCAAAUAUAAUGAAACUGGAUACUUCGCGCUCACGCCGGAGUACGGCAUGCAGUACAUCGCCAACUGCCGCCAGACCGGCUUCCACCCGCAUCCCAACGACCCGCCGCUCUUCUAUACGGUUUCCCACAUCCGCAUAGACAACACGGCGCCCGUGGAGAUGGUGGACCUGAGAAGAUGAACUCUCCCGCCACACGCUUCCAUAGCUUACGUCGGUUGCAGUAUUUUUAUACGGGGACUAUCAAGUGUAUUAGGAUAGGAUCUUUGCACACAACGCUACUGCGAGUUACUAAGCCGUGUCUACACUAAGUGUUUGGUUAAUUUCAUCAAAUGAAUUCUAAAUUAAACUAAUAUUUAUUUUUAAUACUAGCAAGGCUUUUGGAGAUUAUUUAUGAAUAAAAAGUUAAACUAAUAUCAACGAUUUGAUAGUUUUAUAUGUACAGAGUCAGUCCAGUGAAUAACUCAUGAUCUCAAUUAUAAUACGAGGAUACAAAUGUU